CAAAAGCGAAAAUUGCGACUUUACAUCUCAAACACGUUUAACCCCGCGAAGACGGACGCUGAAGAUUCAGAUGGGAGCAUUGCAUCCUGGGAACUACGGGUGGAAGGAAAACUACUGGAUGAUCCCAGUAAGAUGAAGCGGAAAUUCUCCUCCUUUUUUAAGAGUCUGGUGAUUGAGUUGGACAAGGACCUGUACGGACCGGACAAUCACCUGGUGGAGUGGCACCGGACACCCAGCACCCAGGAGACAGACGGCUUCCAGGUGAAGCGACCAGGAGAUGUCAGUGUGCGCUGCACCCUGCUGCUGAUGCUGGACUACCAGCCCCCCCAGUUUAAGUUGGACCCCCGCCUUGCUCGGCUCCUGGGGAUUCACACGCAGACCCGGGCCGUCAUCAUCCAGGCGCUCUGGCAGUAUAUAAAGACCAACAAGCUCCAGGACUGUCAUGACAAGGAGUAUAUCAGUGGAGACAAGUACUUCCAGCAGGUGGGGCCCCCAGUGUCCGGUAAGAUAUUUGAUUGUCCCCGACUAAAAUUCUCAGAGAUCCCUCAGAGACUGACUAACCUGCUGCUGCCGCCGGACCCCAUCGUCAUCAACCACAUCAUCAGUGUGGACCCCACUGACCAAAAGAAGACGGCCUGCUACGACAUCGAUGUAGAGGUGGAAGAUCCCCUGAAGGGGCAGAUGAGCAGCUUCCUCCUCUCCACGGCCAAUCAGCAAGAGAUCGCAGCACUGGAUAAUAAGAUCCAUGAGACAAUUGAAUCAAUAAACCAGUUGAAGAUACAACGAGACUUCAUGCUGAGCUUCUGUAGAGACCCGAAGGGUUAUAUCCAGGACUGGCUCCUGUCCCAGAGUAGAGAUCUCAAGGUAAUGUCACUUGUUCUUCUUCUCAAAGAUGGACAAAUCUAUAGUAUAAAAAAG